CGUGACAAUAAUGUACGCCUCCGGUGUUGCCCGUUGUCGCUAUGCUUGGAUCCCCCGAGCGCCGGCCUCCAUCGACCCCCUCGAUGCCGUCGUCCUCCCGUUCCCCCACUGAUGCCGCCGGAUUCCUCUGCCCUUGGCCGCCUCCAGUUCCCCUCCUCCUCCUCUCGCCUUAGCGCCGCUGUCGUUCCGUGGUUCUUGCUCUUGUUGCUAGCAUUCUGGUGGAUUUGGGAGACGAGAUGACGGACUCCGUGGAUGUUGUGCUGCAGUUCUUAAGGAAGAAUAGGUUUAUGCACGCUGAGGCUGCUUUGCGUGCGGAGCUCAAUGCGCGGCCGGACUUGAAUGGGUUCCUCCAGAAACACCUCGCCGAGGAGAAAGAAGCUUUGGGAGAACAUGUCGGAACGGCUAGUGGUAUGACGCAGAAAGGCAUGAGCGUAUAUAGCGGAGAGAUGGAAAAUGAGUUCAUCGUCAAGGAGAUUGAAGUAGGUGGUGCUGGAAACGGAUCCAAAAGAAAGAAAAAUAGCACUUAUAAUUGGGGUCCAGAGAGCCAUCCAGUGGAUCCACACACUUGGAAUUAUAGUUCUGCUGGUAGUACUGUCAAUUGUGUUGUCAACAAUAGCAGCACUCGUGACAUCACCAAUAACUUCGCUGAUCUUUUAAUAUCCAAGGAACCGAAGCAUCAACAUGAUUCUUCUAUGUCAGAAAAGAGGGACUUGACUGUUGGAACCAAGAGUGAUCUAUCAGGGGAGCAAAAUAGGGUUUCCGACAGAAGGGGUAAAGUUAAAGAUGAGGUGGAAGUGAAUCCUGAGAUCAAUCAAAUUGUUGACCAUAAGGACGAUAAUGCCUUCUCCGAAGACCAUUUUAUUGAUAAGCUGUGGUUACAAAGUGAAAAUCUAUCAACAGAUUGUUCUGUUAAAACAGUCUUUCCAUUUCCUGCACAUAAUACAACAUCCAGUUUUGAAGGCCAUCUUGAUUAUAGAAAGGGGCUAAGAAAGAAAGCAGAAAGUGAUGAUUUUAAGGAAGCAACAAGAGAACAACCAGAUGGAAUGAGCUGGUCACACUUCUCUGGAGAGUCUCGAGAAAAUCUAAAGAUGAAAGAAUCUAGAAUCCUUGAUCUAUCAUUUAUUGGUGAGAAUCACAAGGAAGAGCUGCCAAAAUUGCGCCCUGUGCGGCUUAAGUCAGAAGACAAAUCAAUAAACAUGGACAUUGAGGAAAAGGCUGGUCAUCAUGAACCUGGGAUAAGGCUAUCCAAAGCAGAGAAGACGUUCACGUUUGGAUCUCUUGUUGAUGUACCUAUUGGGCAAGAAUUCAACUCUUCAGGUGGGAAGCAAACAAUUGGAAGUAGUUGGCUCUCUGUAAGUCAAGGAAUUUCUGAGGACACUUCUGAUUUUGUAUCUGGUUUUGCUACCAUUGGUGAUGAAUCGAUUGAUUAUCCAAAUGAGUAUUGGGAUUCUGAUGAAUAUGAUGAUGAUGAUGAUGAUGAUGAUGUUGGAUACAUGCGACAGCCUAUUGAAGAUGAGACCUGGUUUCUAGCUCAUGAAAUUGAUUAUCCAAGUGAUAAUGAAAAACACUGUCAUGAUAAUGUUCCUACCUGGCAGGACCAUACUCUAAGAAAGGAUGAAGAUGAUGAUCAAUCUUUUGCUGAAGAGGAAUUUCACUUGUCAAGUGAGCAGUAUUUGCAGCCAAAGAAUGUUGAGAAAACUGCUGCUGCUCAGGGAACCAUAGGUCAUAAAAUGUUGUAUAGGAGGAUAGAAGAAAAUGAUCUGUUAGCUCAGUAUGAUGGGCAGUUGAUGGAUGUUGAAGAGCUGAGUUUGAUGCGUGCAGAACCUGUUUGGCAGGGCUUUGUCACACAGAAUAGUGACCUCAUUAUGCUAGGAAAUGGGAAAUUUUCUAAUGAAAUUGAACAAUGUCGCACUGAUCCUUUUAUGGAAGAUGAUCAACAUGGAUCAUUUAGGUCAAUUGGUGUGGGCAUAAACAGUGAUGCUGCUGAUAUUGGCAGUGAAGUUCAUGAAAGCUUGGUUGGAGGAAGUAGUGAAGGAGAGUACUUUCUGGAUUAUGAUGAUCGGAUGAGUGGCAAAAGACAUUCUCAAAGUAAUACAACUAGGACAAAUAUGAACAGGUCAAAGAGGGGCAAUCUGAGGGGAAGUAAGCAAGAUCCAGGUAGUUAUAUUUUGCCAUCUGAUAAGACUGUGUACUUAUCAGGAGUUGGUUUUCAGGACAGUGGGUUUUCUUUCCUACCGCCUUCAAUAACAUCAGAUUUGAUUAAGGAUGAUUCUUGUAAACCAUUAUGGUCAAGCAACGGCAACAAUGUGGUUGGUAUUUUGGAUGGCUGUCGAGAUGGCAUGGUUACAGAGGGUAUGCUUGGUACAUGGAGGAGAAAAAGCAGUGAUUCUUCUCCUAUUCAGAGCUCCAGGGAUGAUAAAACUUCUGAUGGUGUUAGAUCAAGAAAAUCAAGUGCAUCAGCCUCAAAGGAUGAUUUUGCAGAAGCAGAGGUUGUGAACAGAGGAGUAAAUUACAUAACAGGUGAAGCAGGAGAAGAAGAUGUAGAGACUACAUUAGAGGAUGAAGAAGCUGUGGUAUUGCAGGAUCAAGUAAAACAGAUAAAAGCUCAAGAGGAGGAAUUUGAGACUUUUGAUCUGAAAAUAGUUCAUCGGAAGAACAGAACUGGCUUUGAAGAAGAUAAAAGUUUCCAAGUUGUACUGAAUUCUGUGAUUGCUGGACGUUAUCAUGUCACUGAGUAUCUGGGUUCAGCUGCAUUCAGCAAGGCAAUUCAGGCACAUGACUUGCACACUGGCAUGGAUGUCUGUGUGAAGAUUAUAAAGAAUAACAAAGAUUUUUUUGAUCAGAGCCUUGACGAAAUCAAGCUUUUGAAAUUUAUUAACAAGCAUGAUCCUGCUGACAGCUACCAUAUUUUGCGUUUGUAUGACUACUUCUACUAUCGGGAACAUUUGUUGAUAGUUUGCGAACUUCUCAAAGCCAACUUAUAUGAAUUCCACAAGUUCAACAGAGAAUCUGGUGGAGAGGUUUAUUUCACAAUGCCAAGGCUGCAGUCAAUUACUAUUCAAUGUCUGGAGGCACUUCAGUUUCUGCAUGGCCUUGGUCUUAUUCAUUGUGAUCUGAAGCCUGAGAAUAUAUUGAUAAAGAGCUAUAGUAGAUGUGAAGUUAAAGUAAUUGACCUUGGUAGUAGCUGCUUUGAAACAGAUCAUUUAUGUUCUUAUGUGCAAUCACGAUCAUAUCGUGCACCAGAGGUUAUUUUAGGUCUACCAUAUGACAAAAAGAUAGACAUAUGGUCCUUAGGAUGUAUCUUGGCUGAACUUUGCACUGGAAAUGUUCUUUUUCAAAAUGAUUCUCCUGCAACACUACUUGCACAGAUAAUGGGAAUCAUUGGCCCCAUUGAUCAAGAUAUGCUUGCAAAGGGAUGUGAUACAUACAAGUAUUUCACAAAAAAUCACAUGUUAUAUGAAAGGAAUCAGGAAACUAACAGGCUAGAGUACUUGAUUCCAAAGAAGACAUCAUUACGACAUCGUCUGCCCAUGGGUGAUCAAGGUUUUAUUUAUUUUGUUGCUCACCUUCUCGAAGUAAACCCAAAGAAGCGUCCAAGUGCUUCACAGGCGCUCAAACAUCCAUGGCUCUCCUAUCCUUAUGAACCUAUUUCAUCUUGAUUUCUUAUGCAUGGAAUGAAUCUUGUUGCUGGAGAGUGUUCUUUUCCACAUGAUCAACAGAUUCUGCGUUGUGGUCCAUCCGAAAUUCCAGAUUGCACAAACACGGCUGCAUCAUCGUACCACAAAAUUUUUAGUGGCCAAGAAGUUUGGAUUCCACCGGUUUGCUUCUUCCUCAGGGUGUCACAUGUGACAGUAGGUGCCAACCACCCAACUUCGAGCGAAGUUGUGUUGUAAUCUAACUUAUUUAUGUUUCCUUUUGUCCAUCCUGUUGUAUAUUAUGUGAUUAAUAUUUUAGGUUGUAUGCAUUGUUGUUUGUAACCCCCAUCACUCACCAUAUUCUUUAGUUGCUAUCCUCAAGAAGCUGUGUACAAAACAAUACUAGGGAGCAUGGUGUACUAUUUUUGGAUCCUUUAUUUCACUCAAAAAUCGUAUCGUUCA